ACAUGUACUUAUUACAUGUGUUUACUUGUAGGAACUGAGAGAUGGUCGAAAAUACAGUAGGGGUGAAAUGUAUUCAAUUUGUCAUAAAAAGUCUGAUGGGUCAUUUGUCAACGACGAAGCCAAGGAAAAAUAUGAACAAUUGCAAGCUGAAAUUGGGAAGACUCCUUCUCCAAAUGAAGCAUUUGUUAAUGUGUUUGGAAAAGAACAUCCUGGAUAUGUUCGUUGUAUGGGACUUGGAAUAACACCAUCACAAAUUACUACAUCUACUUCUCACUCUGUAAGAUCGAUGUCUUCCUCUGAAGCUAAUGAAAAGAUGGAGAAAAUGCAAGCUGAAAUUGAUAGGCUUAAGAAAAGGGAUUCUGAAGUUGAUAUGUUGAAGGAGCAAAUUGCUUUCUUGAUGCAAAUGCAAAAUUCUAAAGACAAACAGGUAAAAUUAUUUUCAUAGCAAACAUAUUUAAAA